UGUGAGGGAAAAAAAAAUAUUUUUGGGAGUAUUUAUACUGAGAUAAUUAAUUGUUUCAAUCAAUCUCCCGCGCACUUACCGCCGCUGCGGUUAUGGCAACUCACCGAUCAUCCGGGUGCGUUAAACUGGACACUGAGAUUGUAUAGUGAUAAUUACAAGGUCAUAAGCAGCGCAUCAAUGGCCCUAGAGUCAAAUGGUAACAACGUGGUUUGGUUGAGUACAACAACCCAUCCUGAUCAAAUACAGCAGCAUAUUGUUGUCAAAGACGAAACACUUCAAAUUGAAGACGCUGAGGAUCAGCAUAGAUUUCAACGGGAUUUGAUUAAAAUUCCAAAUCAAUCGAGUCAACAGAUUGAGCAACCAGUCAAGUGUUCCAUGUUUACUCAAACGGAGCAGACUAAUAGUUUUACACAAACAGAACAAAGUAAUUCUAGUUAUACAGACCAACGUCAGCCUCAAUUAGCAAACAUGUUUGACCCACAACAAAUUCAGCAGCAGCAAGCUGCUCAAAGUCAGCAAUCACAGCAGCAACAAACGCAACAGAUGUAUGUUACUGAAAAAAAAGAAGACAAAUCUCAGCAACAAACAACAACAGCUGACUUUCCAUUUUAUUACAAUGUUAACAAUCUUAACAUUUUGCAAAAAGUACAGACUAAUGCCGUGAGCACAAUUAGUGCAAUAGCCACCGAUGAUAAAGGUUGUUAUCGCUUUGAUGUCCAGCCAGUUGCUGGUUACAACUCUUUGCUUAAUCAAAUGAGCAUUGCCGCGGCAACAAAUCCUACCAAUGCUACUUUUAAGUGUGACUUGUGUGGCCUUAUAUUUGGUCACAUGAGUUUACUUACUCACCACAAAAGAGUUCAUAAUAACACGCCGAGUAAUCUUCAGCAGCCUCAACAAGCUGUAGUACCUACUCCUACGACUGUUACGAUUCCUACCACACCUGAGCGCCCGUACACCUGUGAUGUCUGUGGUGCAUGCUUUGCGUUACCUGGUGAAUUAAAAAGCCACAAAACGAAUAUGCAUCAAAAACCAAAGGUGCAAGCUUGUGAAGAGUGUGGGAGUGAAGAUCCUUGUGAACAUAAUCCUACUAAAGUUAAAAAGACAAUCAAACCUGGACAUCAUCCCGUCAAACGACGAGGAGUAACCAGUGUUACCAAGUGCCACAAAUGCAACGGAACCGGAAUUAUUUUUAUCGGUAAAGAUGAAGAAAAACUAGAUUCUGGAAUCAGUUCUCUUGCGAAGUGUGGCGUCUGCAAGGCAACUGGUCACAUCACUAUCGGAAGCGGCAAACAAAAUCAGAACCAGCCAGAGAAGCCAUUUCAUUGUAAUGUUUGCGACGGGACAUUUUCACGCUACUCGUCACUCUGGUCUCAUAAGAGACUUCAUUCUGGAGACAAGCCAUUCAAAUGUGAAGUCUGUGGUUUGGCCUUUGCAAAAGCUGCGUAUUUGAAAAAUCACGGACGUGUUCAUACUGGUGAAAAGCCUUUCAAGUGUAGCGUAUGUGGUAUGCAGUUCUCGCAGAGCCCUCACUUGAAGAAUCACGAGAGAAUUCAUUCAGGCGAACGCCCGUAUCAGUGUGAAGUGUGUGAAAAAACAUUUGCGAGACACUCAACCCUGUGGAAUCACCGAAGAAUUCAUACUGGUGAAAAACCAUACCGUUGUAAUACAUGUGGUUCAGCUUUCAAUCAAGCGACGCACUUGAAAAAUCACGCCAAGGUUCACACCGGCGAGAAACCUCAUAGAUGUGAUAUUUGUGAGAUUGGAUUUUCCGAUCGUUUUGCUCUAAAACGUCAUCGUGCUAUUCAUGAAAAGUACGGUCAAACUGCGCGAAACCAGAAUGCGAACAAUGCAAGUAAUACGCAGCAGCCGAACACUAGUAAUCAACAGCAACAACAGCAGCAGCAACAGCAACAGCAGCAACAACAACAACAGCAGCAGCAACAACAGCAACAACAGCAGCAACAACAACAACAACAGCAACAACAGCAGCCCCAACAAGCUCAACAAGGGCAACAAGUUGUUGUAGUAAAUGCCACUACGCCUGUAACUGUUAGUCAAGGCCAAGGACAAACAGUGAUGAUUGAAGACGUUUAUAAAUGUCAAGUGGCCUUCCCGGAGCCUAAAUGA